AUGUUUCGUUUUGGUGUUGGUCAUUUGUUCUUUAAAAGAAACGCCCGCAAAAUGGUCGGUGGUAUGUUGACUGGUUCUGCUUUACUCAUUGCACCUCCAGGUUUAUUGUAUAAUGAUUCCGCUGUUUCAAGAGAGUUGCAUAAUAAUGUUUUCAAACGUUUACCAACAACUAAAAGGGAGGAAAGGAAGGCAAUUUAUCGAGACAUGUGUUGGGGGUCGAUAGUUGGGGUUGCUUCUGGGAUUUUAAUUGCCAAAGUGUCGUCAAUAUUAAUUUAUGUGGCUGUUUUUACAGGAUUGGCCAUUGAAUGGAUGAAGAAUAAAGGAUACGUUGAUAAAGAAUUCAUAACCGGAAGCACGUCAACGAUACUUCGACAAGUAGUUCAUAAGAACUAUAAUUUAAAUAGACCCCUUUUCAAAGUCUCAUUUAUGCUUUCGUUUAUCAUUGCAGCUUUUAAUUUUUGA